AUAUGUCAUCCUUGCGUGGGGCCAUCAUGUAUUGGUCCAAUUUUAAUAUAUUCUGCUCCAGAAGUGAACACAAGAACUAAUCUUGGUUUCAGGAUCCCAAGUCAUCGUAGCUGCACCUUUAGGAAAGUGUUUUUUCUGCUGUGAAGGCAUCUUUAAACUUGAUCUCAAUCCUGAGUACUGGGAGGUUUGAGGGUGGUGCACCCUUUACCUCCGUUUCCACGUUGUUCAGCCAAAGAAGUCUGUUGGCCUCUUUUUUAAAAAGCCGGUUUUUUCAGAAGGAGCACUCAGCCCUAUAGAUCGCUCCUCACUUUAGGGUCAGCUGCGGCUUUCUCCUUUCGACGUGGUGGUAUUGGGGUCCUUGGCAGAAACUCAUGAGGGCCGGCAGAGUGACGCUCUUCCCGGGGGGCGGGGCCGGCCGCGGCGACACCACCCGCUCCGCCCCCUUUGGGAGCAUCACCAGCGGCCCCGCCCCUGGCGGCGCCAUCUUACCGUGCGGGCGGGGUCGCAGGUUCGCGCGCGGGUGGAAGCGCGGGGAACGCGGCUCCGCUGGGGUCCAGCUGGGGCGGCCCGAGGAGCUGGUCCGCGUACCCUAAGUCGGAAACUCCGCGCUGCGCCUCAGGACCGAAUCCCGGAGGCCGGAGCACGGGGUUGGAGCGGGGCGGGGCCCUGCGGCCGUGGCGGCGUCUCUGUCCGGCGCCCGUCCCGGCGGCUGUCCGCGCAGCGGGCCCGGACGGCACGAUGGACGCUGGCGCCCGCCCGCCCGGCGGCAGCCCCGCAGCUCUCUCCCGGGAGUACAAGCUGGUGAUGCUGGGCGCCGGCGGCGUGGGCAAGAGCGCCAUGACCAUGCAGUUCAUCAGCCACCGCUUUCCGGAAGACCACGACCCCACCAUCGAAGAUGCUUAUAAGAUCCGGAUCCGUAUCGAUGAUGAACCUGCCAAUCUGGACAUUUUGGAUACAGCUGGACAGGCAGAGUUUACAGCAAUGCGGGACCAGUAUAUGAGGGCAGGAGAAGGGUUUAUCAUCUGUUAUUCUAUCACGGAUCGUCGAAGUUUCCAUGAAGUUCGUGAGUUUAAACAACUUAUUUAUCGAGUUCGACGUACUGAUGACACACCUGUGGUUCUUGUGGGAAACAAGUCUGACCUAAAAGAGCUAAGACAGGUCACCAAGGAAGAAGGACUGGCUUUGGCCCGAGAAUUCAGCUGUCCCUUUUUUGAGACAUCUGCUGCAUACCGCUACUACAUUGAUGAUGUUUUCCAUGCGCUUGUUCGGGAGAUACGUAGAAAAGAAAAGGAGGCAGUACUGGCCAUAGAGAAAAAAUCUAAGCCCAAGAACAGUGUGUGGAAGAGACUAAAAUCACCAUUCCGGAAGAAGAAAGAUUCAGUAACUUGAAGGGAAAAUGUGAAGUGUUUAUCUGCGAACCGCAGUGCUUAAUCAGAGCAGUCCAGUCACCUGCAGUAGUGAGCAUGUACUUGCUCUUUCUCCUGUUCUGACCAUUAUUCCAAAGUAACUGACAAGAGGGACAAGUCUACUAGGAGUUUUUAAUGAUGUGGUAUUUAAAGUAUUGUUUCAGUUAAUUCUGAUUUAUUAACCUGGUAGAGCACCGUCUUUUAAAUUGUCACAUUAGAAUUUGAUCUACCAAUGUUUUGGGUUCAGUUGCUGAUAUUAAUUAAUGUAAAUUGUUUAUGCCCAGGAGAA